AUGACAGGGAAUGAGAGAGCCACGAGAGCUUACGCGGAAACGCCCAUCAAGCUCGAAGGACUUGGCCUUGUCGUAGUUUGGAUCACCUCAGCCCUCUUUGGUCUAGCAACAAUUACCGUAGGCCUGCGAGUCUAUGUGCGGACUUGGUUCCUGAAAGCUAGAAAAGUAUGGGGGAUGGAUGAUACAUUGGCGCUUUGUGGAUACGUUAUGUUUGUACCAACAACGGUGUUCACAUAUUAUGCCGCACGACACGGCGUUGGGGCCCCAGACGAGUAUUUGAACGAAUUCAUCAAGAUUCGAGGAAUUGAAUACAAUCUGUAUUGGCAAAUUAGCUAUAUGCUGUUACUUAUGUUCGCAAAAGCCUCAAUAGCCAUUGCCCUGCUACGACUCACGAUCGAAACUCGAUACCGCCUUUCUCUCUGGGCUAUCAUCAUUACCUCAACAGCCGUCGCUGUUGGUGGUGUGAUAGCAGUACUGGCAAUGUGCAGGCCGGUUGCUGCAACAUGGAAUCCGGCCUUGGGCACUUGCGGUUCUUACACAAUCACCCUAGUGGCCAGCUACGCCAUGACGGUGGUCGGUCCAGUCAUGGAUUUUGCCUGCGCGAUUAUCCCAUAUUUUCUCUUGCGAGGCCUUCCGAUGAGGAGAACGGCGAAAUACGCCCUCAUAAUAAUCCUCGGUUUGGGGGUGUUCGCAAGUGCUGGCACAAUAGUUCGCGCACCAUACUUCGAGGCUUAUAGGAACUCUGCCCAACAGCUCUAUAAUAUGGGUGGCAUCGCCCUCUGGUCGAAUAUUGAAGGUGGAAUCGGUCUCAUAGCCGGGUCUCUUCCGCCACUGGGUAAACUCUUCAAGAGAUAUUUUGGAGAAACCUUCAGAUCUUCGACUCCGAAUAAUCAUAAGAUUGGCAGCCACACGAUUGGAGGAAGUCCUUUUAGCGUGGUCUCUCCGCUUGAGGGUCUCACACCGAGAGGGAAAGGCAUAAGUUCAGCAUAUGUACAGGGAGGAGCGGAGUCAAAUCGGUUGGACGAUGACGAUGCAAGUGGGACGUAUAUCUUGCAGGAGAGGUCGGUCAGGGUCGUGAGUCAAGCUUUAGACGAGAAGGACUGGCAAAGAGGUUCAGAAGACGUCUAG